AUGGCCAUAUUCUUUUCGUCUUUGAGAAAGCACUUGAGGAUACACACAAAUGAAAAACCAUACUCUUGUGAGUAUUGUAAAAAGGCAUUUUCUGAUAGUUUGUCUUUGAGAAAGCACUUGAGGAUACACACAAAUGAAAAACCAUACUCUUGUGAGUAUUGUACAAAGGCAUUUUCUGAUAGUUCGUCUUUGAGAAAGCACUUGAGGAUACACACAAAUGAAAAACCAUAUUCUUGUGAGUUUUGUAAAAAGACAUUUUCUCAGGCAUCACAUAUGAAAACACAUUUGAGGAUACACACUAAUGAAAAACCAUAUUCU